AUGUGCCGCUCCCCCCGUCGGGCAGAGCCGUGGAGGCAGUGCGCCCAAUGGCUCAUCCACUGCAAGGUGCUGCCCGCCAACCACCGGGUGACCUGGGACUCGGCGCAGGUGUUCGACCUGGCGCAGACCCUGCGCGAUGGAGUCCUCCUCUGCCAGCUGCUCAACAACCUCCGGGCGCGCUCCAUCAACCUGAAGGAGAUCAACCUGAGGCCGCAGAUGUCCCAGUUUCUCUGUUUGAAGAACAUACGGACCUUCCUCACAGCCUGUUGCGAGACGUUCGGAAUGAGGAAGAGCGAGCUCUUUGAGGCCUUUGACCUGUUCGAUGUCCGGGACUUUGGAAAGGUGAUAGAAACGCUAUCGCGACUCUCCCGAACACCCAUCGCGUUGGCCACAGGAAUCCGGCCCUUCCCAACAGAGGAGAGCGUCAGCGAUGAGGACAUCUACAAAGCCCUCCCCGACCUGAUAGACGAGACGCACGUGGAGGAUGAGGAGGGCCUGUAUGACUGUGUCUACGGGGAAGACGAAGGCGGAGAGGUCUACGAGGACUUGAUGAAAGCGGAGGAGGCGCAGCAACCCAAAUGUCCAGAGAAUGACAUACGGAGUUGCUGCCUCGCAGAAAUUAAGCAGACGGAAGAAAAAUACACAGAAACGCUGGAGUCAAUAGAGAAAUACUUCAUGGCACCACUAAAACGAUUUCUGACAGCAGCAGAAUUUGAUUCUGUCUUCAUCAACAUUCCCGAACUUGUAAAAGUUCAUCGGAACCUAAUGCAAGAAAUCCACGAUUCCAUCGUAAAUAAGAAUGACCAGAACUUGUAUCAAAUUUUCAUUAACUACAAGGAAAGGCUGGUGAUUUACGGGCAGUACUGCAGCGCCGUGGAGUCGGCCAUCUCCAGCUUAGACUACAUCUCUAAGACAAAAGAAGACGUCAAGCUGAAGUUAGAGGAAUGUUCCAAACGCGCCAACAACGGGAAGUUCACUCUCCGAGACCUGCUCGUGGUCCCAAUGCAGCGCGUGUUAAAGUACCACCUUCUCCUGCAGGAACUGGUCAAGCAUACCACCGACCCCACAGAGAAGGCGAAUCUGAAGCUGGCUCUGGAUGCAAUGAAGGACUUGGCACAGUAUGUGAACGAAGUGAAGAGAGACAACGAGACCCUGCGUGAAAUCAGGCAGUUCCAGCUCUCUAUAGAAAACCUGAACCAACCAGUGCUGCUGUUUGGACGGCCUCAGGGAGACGGGGAGAUCCGAAUCACCACUCUGGACAAGCACACGAAGCAAGAAAGGCACAUCUUCUUAUUCGACUUGGCAGUGAUUGUAUGUAAAAGAAAAGGUGACAACUAUGAAAUGAAGGAAAUAAUAGAUCUUCAGCAGUACAAAAUAGCCAACAAUCCUACAACGGAUAAAGAAAACAAAAAGUGGUCUUAUGGCUUCUACCUCAUCCAUACCCAAGGACAGAAUGGGUUAGAAUUUUAUUGCAAAACAAAAGAUUUAAAGAAAAAAUGGCUGGAACAGUUUGAAAUGGCUUUAUCCAACAUAAGGCCAGACCAUGCCGACUCCAAUUUCCACGAGUUUAAGAUGCACACCUUCAGCCGGGUGACCUCCUGCAAGGCCUGCCAGAUGCUGCUCAGAGGAACCUUUUACCAGGGCUAUUUAUGCUUCAAGUGUGGCGCCAGGGCACACAAGGAAUGUCUGGGAAGAGUCGACAACUGUGGCCGAGUUAAUUCUGUGGAAUCGGGGACGCUCAAAGCACCGGAGAAACGGACCAAUGGACUUCGAAGAACCUCCAGGCAGGUGGACGCAGGUUUGCCAAAGAUGCAGGUCAUCAAGAGCUACACCGGGAUGCCACCCCCCGCUCCCCACGCAGGGCCCCCGCUCCACAUCCAGGCCGGGGACACGGUGGAACUUCUGCGGGGCGACGCGCACAGCCUGUUCUGGCAGGGUAGAAAUUUAGCCUCUGGAGAGGUUGGAUUUUUUCCAAGUGAUGCCGUGAAGCCUUGCCCAUGCGUGCCCAAACCAGUAGAUUAUUCUUGCCAGCCUUGGUACGCCGGGGCGAUGGAGCGGCUGCAGGCGGAGACUGAACUCAUUAACAGGCCGAACAGCACUUACCUGGUGAGGCUCCGGACCAAAGAGUCGGGCGAAUAUGCAAUUAGCAUUAAGUACAAUAAUGAAGCAAAGCACAUCAAGAUUGUAACAAGAGAUGGCUUAUUCCACAUUGCAGAAAAUAGAAAAUUUAAAAGUUUAAUGGAACUUGUGGAGUAUUACAAGCACCACUCCCUGAAGGAAGGGUUCCGGAGCUUGGAUACCACCCUCCAGUUUCCAUACAAGGAGCCAGAGCCCGCAGCUGGACAGAGGGGCAGCAGGGUGGGCAGCAGCUCCCCCUCUCUGUUCUGUGGGUUUUCUCUUGUCCCUCCUCCAGACUUCAGCUUUGUCCCCCCUUCCUCCACUCCUUUCUGGUCAGUGCUGAGCCCCAAGGUGCUGGGCAUCGCCGUGGCGCGCUACGACUUCUGUGCGAGGGACAUGCGGGAGCUGUCCCUGCUGAAGGGGGACGUGGUGAAGAUUUACACCAAGAUGAGUGGCAAUGGCUGGUGGCGAGGAGAAGCGAACGGCAAGGUGGGCUGGUUUCCGUCCACGUACGUGGAGGUGGAUGAGUAGGUGCCGGUCCAGCGUGGCUCCGCCCAGACCCUUCCGAGGCGGACAGACCGAAGCCUACACGGGCGUGAACGAACCGAUGUGUUUCAAAAGCUGCAUUUCCGGCUAUUCCACGUCCCCCUCCUGAGUCUUAAUCCUGGGGUCUAAAUGCUGGUGCUGACAGACAGCUGGGCACGGGACAGCGACCACUGGGUCAUUGUCGGGGCCAGGGCAAAGCCCGAGCUUUCUUUGUCCCCCAAAGAGCCCAGCAAACACAUGGCUCGUCUUUCCACUUCCUCCAUCCGGUCCGACCCAGGAUGCCGCCAUCAGGAAACGCUUCCCGCCGGUUUCUUCUCACCAGAAUUCCUUCAUGGUCCAAAGAAGCAGAGCUCAGUGUUGCCCUUCCCAGCACAGAGCCCGCGAGAGCUCCACCGUCGGCAGCUGAUGGAGGGCCCAGUAUGGCUCCUCGUCUUCAAGGGCCUCCUGGGGGCUCAUUGCAAACACUUUCCUUCCGUUUCUCAUCGGUUGUCCUGGCCACAGCUGCGAGUCACUGUGCACAGAGGAGGAAAGUGCAUAAACGCGAGCAUCUCCUGUGAGGCCCUCCCGCCCCGUGGCCUCCUCAGGUUGUUUUGGAGACGUGGUCUCUCACUUGGUGAAGUCACCUUGGCUGGUAGGGGACAGGCGGCU